CGUCACCUCUUCGUCUUGUCCCCGCCGGAAAUUAUCAAAAUCCAAUCCAUCUCCGCCAUUCCCAGACCUCUAAAGGCGCCGGUAUGUUACGUACUCGCCAUUGAUCGGAAAUCAAACGCUAAGUAUGGAUAAAGCAGUGAGAAAACGUGGACGGAAACCUAAAAAUGCAGUGGACGCAGAAGCAAACCCUAACUCAAACACCGCCGUUGCGGAAGAGGUCGUAGCUUCCUUAAACGCUGCUGCUGAUACUACCAAAUCCGACCGCCGUGGUUCCAAACGUCGUAGGAAGACUGGAAAAGAAAAAUCUGAUGACGUCGCCAUUGUUGUGUCUCCUGAACGAAGAGCGUCUAGACACAGCGAACACAACGGGGAUUGCGACAUCCUUGCGACUGUUGCGGACGGUCCUCCGCGGUGGGAGAGCGUCGGGAAGGUUGUUCCGUCGAUGGAUGCGGUGGUUAAGGUGUUUUGCGUUCAUACAGAACCGAAUUUCUCGUUGCCAUGGCAACGGAAGAGGCAGUAUAGUUCCAGUAGCAGCGGAUUUAUCAUCGGAGGAAGGCGAGUUUUGACAAAUGCGCAUUCUGUAGAGCAUCAUACUCAGGUCAAAGUUAAGAAACGUGGCUCCGAUACCAAGUAUUUGGCCACCGUGCUUGCCAUCGGAACUGAAUGCGAUAUAGCAAUGUUGACCGUGAACGAUGAUGAAUUCUGGGAAGGAAUUUCACCAUUGGAGUUCGGAGAUUUGCCUGCAUUACAAGAUGCUGUGACUGUUGUUGGCUAUCCUAUUGGAGGAGACACAAUCUCUGUUACCAGUGGAGUUGUCUCUCGCAUAGAGAUAUUAUCUUAUGUUCAUGGAUCAACCGAACUUCUUGGUUUGCAAAUUGAUGCUGCAAUAAACUCUGGGAAUUCGGGUGGCCCUGCCUUUAAUGACAAAGGAGAGUGUGUUGGUAUUGCAUUUCAGUCUCUUAAACAUGAAGAUGCAGAGAAUAUUGGUUAUGUCAUACCAACCCCAGUUAUCAUGCAUUUUAUUCAAGACUAUGAGAAGAAUGGUGAAUACACAGGGUUCCCGAUUCUUGGAGUUGAGUGGCAAAAGAUGGAGAAUCCAGAUCUAAGGAUGUCAAUGGGAAUGGGCAAUGAACAUAAAGGUGUUCGAAUCAAAAGAAUUGAACCUACAGCUCCAGAGUCUAAUGUCUUGAAUCCUUCUGAUAUAAUUCUUAGCUUUGAUGGGGUUAAUGUUGCUAAUGAUGGAACAGUUCCCUUCAGGCAUGGAGAGCGUAUCGGUUUCAGUUACCUUGUUUCACAAAAAUAUACAGGGGAUAAAGCUCUUGUUAAAAUACUCAGAAAAUCAAAGAUACAUGAAUUCAACAUAAAACUUGCAACUCACAAGAGACUUAUACCUGCACACAUUGGAGGCCAACCCCCCUCCUAUUACAUCAUUGCAGGAUUUGUCUUCACUGCUGUAUCUGUCCCAUAUUUGCGCUCUGAGUAUGGAAAAGAUUAUGAUUUUGAUGCUCCGGUGAAACUACUGGACAAACAUCUUCAUGCCAUGGCACAAUCUAUUGAUGAGCAACUUGUUGUAGUUUCCCAGGUGCUUGUGGCUGAUAUCAAUAUUGGGUAUGAAGAAAUAGUAAAUACUCAGAUUGUUGCUUUUAACAACAAGCCAGUGAGGAAUCUGAAGAGCUUGGCUGAUAUGGUGGAAAGUUGUAAUGAAGAAUUCCUCAAGUUUGACCUUGAAUAUGACCAGAUUGUGGUGUUACGGACGAAGAUGGCAAAGGAGGCAACUCGAGACAUUCUGUUAACACAUUGUAUACCUUCAGCUAUUUCUAGUGAUCUAACUUAGACCCUUUUACUUUCAACAUAUAACAUGUUUGACCCUUGUCUUACAUAAAUUCGUAAAAAGCUUCGACUUUGAUUAUGUAAUGCGGCUACUCUUACCAUGGUGUUUUGUGCUUUUAUAAAAAGUGAAUUUUUACGAGGAG